ACGUGGGGCUUCCGGUUGCGUUCCAAGGCUUUGGUUCGGCUCUGGGUUUAGAGCUUACGGUCUGCCAACGAUACCGGGUUGUCCAGGAGGACCUGAAAGCCACAGUGAUCGUCUACCACCAGGUCCGGAGGGGAGGAACCAUCACCCAGACACGGGCAGAGGCCUGCAGGGAUCUGGAGAAAAGCUUGAGCGAAGGUCUUAGUGUGGUAUGCGGCCACCCUAGCACAUGGAAAUGUCUGAAAUUGACCUUCAGGGGUCAUGUGACUGGACUGUGAAGUCAUGUGAGCAAUUAUUGCUCCAGUCGUCUGCUGGGACAGAAUACCAUAUGGAGAAUCCGGCUGAGGACAGUGCUGGUGGGGAAGGAUCCAAUGUCCUCCAUCUUCAAGUAGAGGAGACCUUACCAAUGACCGAUCUCUCCCUGUCUGGCCCUGGUCAGAUAAUGUUUGAUACUUCUGACGUGCAAAGUGGUACGGAGACAAGUAAAUCUGUUGGCAUCUUGGCUGAAGCCACCCUAUUGUCUCAGGACUUCUGUCAGCUUGCAGACUCGAGUAUGCCGGAACUUCCCAGUAAUACUCCAUACACUUCAGACAUGAUCUUUGCGGACCAAAUCUCCAUCAGCCUUGAAGAUGGCUCCUGCCAAGACAAGAAGGACAGCCUUUCCUGUCCCAUUUGUCAAAAUCCAUUCAAGUCACCCAGUGAACUAAAGGAGCAUUUUAAAAGUCACCCCCCAGCACCCCAGGAUUUCAGAUGCUGGCAAAGGGGCUGCGCGUUCACCGCUCAGGAUGUAAAAAGGCUCCAGUCUCAUCUGAGGAGGGAACAUAAAGUGACUCCGGUGACUUGUUCUCAUCGCAGCUGCCGCCUGCUUUUCCCGAGCCGAGACGAGAUGUCCCGACACUUCCGAAACCAUUUUCCUUUUCACUGUGUUCACUGCGACUUUGUCAGCUCCAACACCAAGCUGUUCUCCCAGCAUCAGAAGAGCCAUUGUAGAGACGGACAGUCGUUUCCAAAUUUUGACUCCAUACAGCCAGCGCCAAUGGAAGCUUCUACAGCUCCGCCAGCAAUCGACCUGCUGAGUGGCCGUUCUCUGCAGUGUAGUAAAGGAUCUGACGUUGGCUCUGGACUGGCAGUCAAACGCAAGAGGCGUGGAAAAGUAGCAGAAGCCGACUCCGGGGGUGACGGUGAGGAGGAAAACGAAUGUGAUUCUGUCAUCAAAAAAGUAAAAAGAACCCGGAGCUCCCGUACUGACAAGGAGACGACCUUCACAGGAGAUGUGGAGAAUGGUGAAGAGCACCUAUAUAAGACCCACAUGUGCCCCGAAUGUAAACGCUGCUUUAAGAAGAGGACUCACUUGGCUGACCACCUCCACCUGCACUUCCCUGACCCGAACCUGCAGUGCCCAAACUGCCGCAAAUUCUUCACCAGCCGCAGUAAGCUAAAGAUCCACAUGAUGAGAGAAGCGGGUGAAAAGGCCCACCGCUGCCCGCUGUGUGACUACAGCUCCGUGGAAAAGAACGCUCUGAACCGUCACAUGGCGAGCAUUCACGAGGGGGUCUCUAACUUUUAUACGGACACCUACUCCUGCCCAGUGUGCCAGGAGACCUUUAAACUGAGCCAGGCUCUGAAGGAUCACAUGAAAGGGCACAAAGCCGAGCAGACGUUGCUGUUUUGCUUUGACCCCGGGUGCGACCAGGCUUCGUCCGACCGCAAGGAGUACCUGCGGCACAUGAAGGAGUCUCACGGUAUCCAGGCUGUGGAAUGCAGGUACCAUGCCUGCACUGCGCUCUUCAAGUCCCGCGAGGAGAUGGAGGAGCACCGCAAGAACCAUUACGCCUUUCACUGCCAAGAAUGCGACUUUGUCUGUUCCAACAAACACACCUUCCGCAAGCACAGGAAACGCGGGCACCCGGGCAAAGAGGAGCUGGCAUGCCGCUUCUGUCCUUAUAAGAGCUUUAACCCAGUGGAAUACGCGGACCACGUGGGCAAGAUGCAUGCCAAUGAGAAGAUCCACCGCUGUGGGGAGUGUGAUUUUGCAACGGCGCACAAGAGGGUGUUGAUACGACACAAGUUGUUACACACAGGAGAGAAACCUCACAAAUGCAGCCAGUGUGACUUCACUUGUCGGGACUUGAGCUACCUCUCUAAACACAUGCUGACGCAUUCCGCAGACAAGAACUACAUGUGUACGGAAUGCGGGUACAUCACCAAGUGGAAGCAUUACCUGAACGUACACAUGCGUAAACACAACGGAGACCUCAGGUAUCAUUGCAGUCAGUGUUCAUAUCGCUGCCACCGUGCCGACCAGCUGAGCAGCCACAAGCUUCGGCACCAGGGGAAGACUCUGAUUUGCGAAGUCUGCGGGUUCGGAUGCAAGCGCAAAAGCGAGCUCCAGAAGCACAUGCAGGUCAAGCAUUCCCAGAGCGCCCAGAUACCCAUCUACCAAUGCCAGCACUGCAAUUACCAGACGAGGUAUAAGCAAACCUUGCGCAACCAUGAGAAUGGCAAGCACACCAAGCACCGCGAGUUCCGCUGCGCCCUGUGCCCCUUCCGCACAUUCAGCAACACAAGCCUGUUUUUCCACAAACGCAAAUCGCAUGGGUAUGUACCGGGCGAUAAGGAGUGGCUGGAGAGGUACGCAAGCAAACAGCAAGAAAUAAACAACGCCAACCUGCUAUUUCCGUACAAAACUGAGAUGUCGGUGACUCUUAAGCAAACUUCUUCUGGUGAUCAACAAGCUCAGGAACAUAACUGUGAGGAACUAGAUGGCCACGUUGAGAAAAAUAUGGAUUCUCAGGCGACUCAGUGCCUGCAGGUAGAAGGUCUUACUGAACCAUCUGAAAAUGCCAACAUGUCAGUGGCAGAUGAAUCUUUAUUUGCAGCUAUUACUCUAGAACCCGUUGAAACUUGCAGUAUAGAAAUGGAAGACUUCCCAGUACGUUUGGAACUAGCCUCAUCCAACGAGCUCCUGGUCAAGGAGCCUACUGUGGAGACCUGUGAAGAUCCUCUUCCAGAACAAUCGGAAAUCCUGUGCUUCUCUGAGACGUUGACCAUUGACGACCAUAUGACCUGUGGGCAGGAUUUCGAAGAAGAAGCUGAAGAUCAAGACAAGCCUGAGAACAGUGUAUGUGUAACUGCUGUCCACUAUGACCCUGAGCCAGUUUUGUGUGAAAUUAGUGACCAGUGUGAAGAGCUUCCCGACCCUGAGAAUGGUAAUCUUGAAAUUCAGCCUGGCGAUAUCUCAGUUGAAGUACAGGGGUCCUGGGCUGACGUUGUCAAGGGCGGCGUACAGCUGACCAUUGUAUGUGAGUCAAGUGGGCUUAACGAGACCGACCUUCAGGUAGUGGAGCCUCCUCCUGUCUCUAUGGACGAAUAUGAUAAUAGCAGGCCUGAGUCCAUACUGAAGGCCUUGAGAAAGCAGGACAAGGAGCAAGCGGAGACGCUCGUCCUGGAGGGACGAGUCCAAAUGUUGGUGGUCCAAUCUAAAAGUCAGAUUUACCGAUGUGAAAAGUGUUCCUACAUCACCAAGAAGAAGGCGGGCAUUGUCCAGCACGCUAAGAACGGUUGCAACGUGCGCAAAUCUGCCUUGAUGUGCCAGGAAUGCGGAGCUAGCUUUAAACAACAAAGAGGGCUCAAUACUCAUAUCCUUAAGAAGUGUCCAGUAGUAUUAAAGAAGAAAAGAGUUGGGGUCAAGGCAACUACAUCUUCGAAGACGAUGGACCAGCAUGACAACAGCCACCCGGGUCAUGAUGCAGCAUGUUCCAAAGAAGGUAUUACUGAGAGUCAAGAUUCCAGCUUGCCUGAAAACUUUCUAGAUCGGGUAUCUGCAGGUCAAGAGUUUGUGCAAGACCCCUUGAAAGAAAAGUUGGUGCAAGACCCCUUGAAAGAAACUGAUCCUGAUCGAACAGAAAGUAUUGAGCAUGCAACCAGUGAGCUCCCCUUAGAAGGUCCAAGGGAUCAGGACAAUGUUUCUUCUGUGUCGGAGGAAAGGGAAAAAUACAGAUAUAAAGACGGGAAAUUCCGAUGCUUAUUUUGCUCCUAUUCCUGCUCCAGAGAAUGUACGAUCAAUUGCCACGUGAACGAGAACUGCCGGGAAGUAAAAAAAGUAUCCUGCACCCUUUGCCUGGCUGUUCUAGACUCGGAAACGGCGCUAAGAAAACAUAAAUGCACAAAGCAUAAAAUCUUAAAGAGCAAUCGGGAUAAAGAAUAUGAUUGUGAAAGUUCUGGAAGAGAGGACGGUCCCAAUACAGAAGAAGAAGAUGGAGAACAAAAUGAAAGCGUAGAUUCUUGUAAAGAUAUGACCACCGGCACCGGCAAACUUUCAUGCCCCACCUGCCCGUUCACAUGCAGUCAAGAGCGGGCCAUGAGAACGCACAAGAAAAAAGGUUGUCUAAAACCAGGGGAGCUCCAGUGUUCGCUCUGCUCGUUUCGGUGCGUAUCGACGGCGGCUCUUAACCGACACAGAGACCUUCACCAGAAGUAUUCUCAAAACCGAGCGCACCUGCAGUGCAAGCUUUGCGACUUCACCUGCAAGCAGCCGCGAUGUUUGAAGCAGCAUGUGCGGAUCCGCCACGAAGGGGUUAAACCCCACCGCUGCAAAUACUGCGACUUCAGCACCACCCGGCGCUACCGCCUGGAAGCCCACGAAUCCCUUCACACCGGGGUUGGCCGCAUCUCCUGCGACGCUUGCAGUCGGACUUUUGGCACGAACUCGAAACUCCGGCUGCACCAGCGAAGAGUCCACGAGAAGAAACCCACGCACUUUUGCAACCUGUGCGAUUAUAGCGGCUACAGCCAGAACGAUAUCGCUCGGCACUUGAGCAGCUGCCAUAGCGGCGAACUGGAUUUCCCAUGCAACGUGUGCCAGGCGAGUUUUAGCUCCGAGGCGGCGCUGAAGCAGCACAGCCUGCGGAAGCACCAAGAGAAGGAGACCUAUGAAUGUUCGCAGUGCCUGUUCUCCUGUCAUAGCCAGGCCACGCUCCGAUGUCACGUUCAGAAGCAGCACUUGCAGCUGGGGUGUGCCUUGUGCAAGGAGACUUUCUCCCGCCGGCAGGACUUGGAGGAGCACCGGAAAUCUCACUUUUCUCACCACUGCCAGCAGUGCCAGUUUGCUGCCAAGGACCGGCAGCAGUUAGUUAACCAUUACGCAGAGGAGCACGAGUCAUCGGCGCUGCCUGGUGUGGAGGCGGAAGAAGGUCCCCUGCGCUGCCCUUUCUGUUCUUUUUCCUGUCGUCACCAGCUGGUGUAUGACCACCAUGUCAAGGGCCACGGGGCCACACGGGUCUACAAGUGUUCUGACUGUGAGUACAGCACCAGGAAUAAGCAGAAGAUCACCUGGCACAGCCGAAUUCAUACCGGGGAAAAGCCCUACAAAUGUCACCUUUGCACCUACGCCUGUGGAGAUCCUUCACGUCUUAAGUACCAUAUGCGGAUCCACAAGGAUGAAAAGAACUACCUUUGUCCCGAGUGCGGAUACAAGUGCAAGUGGUGAACCAGCUGAAGUAUCACAUGACCAAACACACAGGUUUGAAGCCAUACCAGUGCGAAGAAUGCAACUACUGCAGCCAACCGAGCCACGCGCUGCGCGUCCACCGGGAGACCCGCCACCCGCGAGGGUCCGCUCCUUCAUCUGCGAGCAGUGCGGCAAGGCGUUCAAAACGCGCUUCCCUGCUGAAAACCCACCUCAAGAAGCACAGCGAGGACAAGCCCUACGUCUGCAACGUGUGCCAGCGCAGCUUUCCGCUGGCCGGCAGGACUGCGCCACCACUACCUCACCCCACACCAACCAGCACCUUUUUCUGCCAGCACUGCCCAUACCGGGCCAAGCAGAAGUUCCAAGUGGUUGAAACACUUACAGAGGCACCACCCCAACCAUCCGAUGUGGAGAAGGGGGGUGGGGAAGGAGCCAUACCUGGUUCUCCAUACAGGGACAUGAAUCCGUGUU